UCUAGAUGACUAGAUAUGAUAACACGCAGUUGACAAUGGAAGAGCAAAUGUGUGAGCUUCAAGCAAAGCAGAUUAUCCACAGAGACUUAAUGAGCUAGCUCCCAGAUUCUAGCUUUCUUCCUCUCUUUUAGUUGCCCUUGUGGAUCGGUCAACAUGGCGCUUAGCAGUGGCAUCCUUGCACUAUCAAUCAUUGGAGUGCUCGUGACUGGUAUUGUGACAGUGGUUGCCACAAUUGCGAUCUACCUAUGCGCCAAGGUCGCCGUGCAAGUGUAUUUGCGGCAGGACGGCAGCAAAGGCGCUGAACGGGAUGCCUCGCCCUUCAAUGGAGGAGCCGGCGGCAACACGGUGAGAGACGUGGACGAGGCCGACGUCGAGAUGGGGACAAUGAGCUUCUUCAUCGAGGGCGUCCAGAACGAGCGUCCCGUUCGGUUCAGCUCGACCCAGCUGCGGGGCUUCACCCAGGGCUUCUCGCACAGGGUCGGCUCCGGCGGGUUCGGCGUGGUGUACAAGGGCAGGUUCCCUAACGGCGCGCCGGUGGCCGUGAAGGUCCUCAACAGCACGCUCGGGAGGCGCGCGGAGGAACAGUUCAUGGCGGAGGUGGGCACCAUUGGGAGGACCUACCACAUCAACCUCGUCCGCCUCUAUGGCUUCUGCUUCGACGCGUCGGUCAAGGCGCUGGUGUACGAGUACAUGGAGAACGGCUCGCUGGACCGGCACCUCUUCGGGUCGACGCCGGAGACGGCCAUCGGAUCCGGCAAGCUGCAUGAGAUCGCCGUCGGGACGGGCAAGGCGGUGCGGUACCUCCACGAGGAGUGCCAGCACCGGAUCAUCCACUACGACAUCAAGCCGGAGAACGUGCUCCUGGGCGCCGGCAUGGCGCCCAAGGUGUCCGACUUCGGGCUGGCCAAGCUGUGCGACAGGGAGGACACCCACCUGACGAUCACGGGCGCGCGGGGCACGCCUGGGUACGCGGCGCCGGAGCUGUGGAUGCCGCUGCCGGUCACGCACAAGUGCGACGUGUACAGCUACGGGAUGCUGCUGUUCGAGAUGCUGGGGAGGCGGCGGAACCUGGAGCUGGGGCUGCACGGGCGCCAUGAGAGUCAAGAGUGGUACCCGAGGUGGGUGUGGCACCGGUUCGAGGCCGGCGACAUGGACGCCGUGCUGGCGCGCGCGAUGGCGGCGGGGGACGUGGACGACAUGGAGAAGGCCGCGAGGAUGUGCAAGGUGGCGCUGUGGUGCGUGCAGUACCGGCCGGAGGACAGGCCGUCCAUGGGCAACGUCGUUCGGAUGCUGGAGGGGGAGGAAGACAUCGCCACUCCCGGUAACCCGUUCGCCCACAUGGCGGCCUACAGCGCCGGCGCAAUGCUGUCCGAUGACACAACAACGGAAUCGAACGCUUCUUCAGGGUUUAUCGGCAAGGUACCUGGAUUACGCUGAUACGAGAAUUGCUACUUUUUUGGCUUUCUGCCUCACGCGCUGGUUAUGUGUGGAUUGCAAAUGUAUUCCGUGUGGAAAAAACUCGGUCGGUGGCUCUCUGAGUUUAUCUUUGUGACAUUUUCAGGAACGUAAAUCCAGGAUUUGGGUUUUUUUUAAAGCCUGAUAAGUGGGUUUCCCCACUGUAGAUUUUCAUUAAUUUUCAAAGUUUGUAAAGUACAAAAGAUUUAGUAACAAGAGACUAGCUAGAAGGUUGUAAGCCCAAAAAAGAGAAAAAAGAAAGCCCUCCAACUA